CUUCAACUCCUCCUAUAUAUUCUGCAUAAAAAUCAUAUCCUUUGGUAGCUUAAACUUUCUCUUAUCUUUCUUCUUCGUAUCAACUUUUGGUCACUCUAUUUCUUCUUCAAAUCUUCUCUCCAGAAAAAACAGCAACACAGAAGAAUCAACUGCUCAAGGUUUUCCCUCUAACUCAUUCAAGAGGUAACGUGAUGGCCAUAGAAUAUGAUGAGAUAAGAAAAGCUACGAAAAACUUCAAAUCCGAGGUGUUGGGGAGAGGAGGAUCCGGUAGCGUUAUUUACAAGGGAUGGAUUGACGAGCGCAAGCUUACCGCAGUGAAGCCUGCAUCUGGAAUUGCUGUUGCUAUCAAGAAGAUGAAUAUUCAAGGAUAUCAACCACAUCAGGAGCAGUGGGUUGAUGAAAUAAAUCAUUUGAGGCAACUCCGUCACCCGAAUUUGGUGAAGCUUAUUGGAUAUGGCUGUAACACAGACGAGAGGAUUGUGGUGUAUGAGUUCAUGCCCAAAGGAAGCUUGUACAAUCACUUGUUCACAAGUGGGCAUGAAGCCCUUCCUUGGGCAACAAGAACCAAAGUGGCUAUAGGUGCUGCUACAGCUCUCGCCUUCUUGCACGCCUUGGAAAUACCAGUCAUACAUGGAACCCUUCGAAGUAGUGAUAUUCUUUUCGAUGGAGACUUCAACACCAAGUUGUCGGACUUUGGCAUUCCAAAAAUUAGACCUAAUGCUAACGGUUGUUAUGAUAUGGCAGUAUUCGGAAAUACUCUUAUGUAUGCUGCUCCCGAGUACAUAAUGACAGGUUGCCCGAGCACGAGAAGUGAUGUGUAUGGGUUUGGAGUGGUUCUGCUAGAACUGAUGUCGGGGCGUCCGGUUAUGGACAGAACGCGGCCUGCUGAAGAGUGUCAGCUGGUGAAGUGGGCAAGACCUUAUCUGAGAGACGAGAGGAGAGUGGGGGAGAUGAUGGAUAGCAGAUUAAUGGGUGAAUAUACUCUCAAAGAGGCAUGCAAACUUGCCAACAUAGCUCUGCAUUGUGUGAGUGAAGCUCCAAGAUUAAGACCAACGAUGUCUGAGGUUGUAGCUCAACUCGAACAAUUGUAAUAAUCGAUCAAGCAUGUUGGAUAAUAGGCUUCCUAGCUAUAGGAAAAUGAUCAACUAUUAUAUAUUCAUCCUUUUUUCAAAGAAACAUGGAGUACUAAAUGUUCAAUUGCUCGAGAUUAUAUAUUUGUCAUAGGAGAU